GCCUCUCGCUCAAUCCUAUGAUUAUCUCGCGGUUUUAGUUACUAAAUACUAGGCUUUAGUUACUAAAUUAAAUGUGUUAGGUGUGUAACGGGAAUAUCAAAGUCGAUGCACUCCUUUAUAGCAUUCUCUCUUGUUUUUAUGGAAGGCGUGACUACUUAAGUUUAAUAACUUUGACGUGACUGAGCGUUUCUGCAAAGCUUGGCAGUUUGGUAUAAAUAGCAGUGACAUCAUCUAGAGAGUUCAACAGAUAUUGCUCUAUUAAAAUGCAGUUCAAAUCAAGUUGUCGGCCAGCCAAUCUCCAGUCGAUACUGUUAAUGGCAUUAGCUGUGAAUGCCUGUUGCCACUCCAGUGUGAAAACGUUGCCCAAGAGCAGCAUUAUUCUGGAAACACAUAUUCCAAUGAAACGCGUAAACGAUGCAAGACUAUUAAAUGGAAGCCCUUGGAGCGAUGUUUGGCCCAGCUGGAGUGGUAGAAACUCGCUGGGACUCGGGCCCACACCUAGUGAAGUGGCAAACGCGUUGUCAGUGGCUAAACAGGCCUCAGUCAACGUUGUUAUUGCUCAACAACAAUUACAGACUGCAAAGGAAAAUGUAUUAAAUCAACAGAGAAUAGCCACAGAAAAGCAAACGCAGGCCGUAAUAAUGAAGCAAAAGUUUCAGGCGGCAGCUUCACUACAGCGUUCAGAGGCUAUUCAACAACGACUUGCAGCAUCAAAGGCAGCGGUGGCUCAAGCUGCAGCACAUGCUGCUGCAAUUGAGAUUCAGAAUACUGAACACGAAGCGGCCAAGCUAAGCCAUUUUACUCGAAAUGCUCAACCUAGUGCUGGACACCACAUCUCUUCUUUACCACCAACAAAAAAUCAUUUGCCUAUAUCUUAUUUCGAACCUAUUAAUUUUGGGUCCUGGGUUGAUAAUCAGGCUCAUUUUGUGUAAAAUGUAAAAAAAAUGGCAUGACAUCAAACAGUAAAAGUUAAGUUUAGUAUAAGGGCAUACAAAAAUAAAAUUGUGUUACGAACA